AUGCUUUCAUGGUGCCAUCCAAACUCACCUAAAGUUGAAGAUUUAACAAAUAAGCCAGAUAUUUUUGCAAAAAAAUGGGACCAAAAAAAAUUUAUUGGACGGGUUAAACAUUUUAUCGUAGUCGUUAAUCCCUUAAAUUUAUUAGUACCAGACUCAAAAUUAUUAGAAUGUAAGAAAAUAGUUUUAAAUUAUAAAAAUGGUAUAAUUGACAAAAACUUGACAGUAGAUGAGUUAUGGAGAGCUAAACACCUUUUUGACAGUGCAUUCCAUCCAGAAACAUAUGAAUUAUCACAUUUUCUUGGUCGUUUUAGUUGCCAGGUGCCAAUAAAUACAUUUAUUCAUGCUGGAAUGAUGACAUUCUACAAACAUCCAGCUUCUGUCAUAUUUUGGCAGUGGCUCAAUCAAACGUCAAAUGCAUUGUUAAAUUAUACAAAUAGAGCUGGUAUAGAUGGUGAUACAAAAUCAAGAAUAUUUAGUAGUUAUUUAUUGGCAACCGGUGGUGCAUUAUCAUCCUCAUUAGGAUUAAAUUAUUUAUGUAAAAAAGCUAAAUUUCAUUCUAUUAUUAAUAGAAUGGUACCAUUUGCAGCUAUAACAAUUGCCAAUAUCAUUAACAUUCCUAGUAUGAGAUAUAAUGAAUUUACAACAGGAAUUACAAUAAGAGAUGAGUAUGAUAACAAAAUUGGUACAAGUACAGCUGUUGCAAAAAUAGCCAUUACAGCAGUUAUAAUUGGAAGACUUUUUAAUGCAUUUCCUGACAUGUGCUUAUCACCAAUAUUUGUUGACUGGGUUUCUAAACGACCUUGGUAUAGUAAGAAUCGUUGGGUUGCUGGUCCUAUUCAAACAACACUUGGAUUUUUAUGUCUUCUUAUAGCAACACCAAUUGGAUGUGCAUUAUUUCCACAAGAUUUAGAAACAACAAUUGAUAAAUUAGAACCAUCAUUACAGGAAAAAAUUAAAAAAUUAAAUCCAGUUCCAGUAAAAAUUAUUUUUAACAAAGGUCUUUAA